AUGACCAAUUACACAGUUGGAGCGUGUAUCGUGAACGAGGAUAAGAGAAUAGUUAGUACCGGAUACAAUGGCAUGCCCAAUAGGUGUCCGGAUGACAAGCUACCCUGGGGCAAAGGUGACAAAGACGACCUCAAAAACAAAAAGCUUUACGUGUGCCAUGCUGAACUCAAUGCCGUGCUAAAUAAAAACUCUACGGACGUUAAGAACUGCACGAUCUACAUGUCUCUGUUCCCUUGCAACGAAUGCGCAAAGGUUAUCAUCCAGUCAGGCAUCAAGGAGAUCAAGUACUACUCAGACAAGUACAAGGACCGUUCGGAUGUCAAAGCUUCCAAAAGCAUGUUGGAUAUGGCAGAAGUGCGAUACAGUCAGUAUCUACCAACCAGGGGCAAGAUUGAGAUAGAUUUUUCUGUGAUUGAAGAGAUGUCAAAGGGCGCUUAUAACGAGAGUCAAGGGGACACCCGAACUACUAGAAAACGCAAACUGGAUGAUUGAGCAUGUACAAUGAAUAAACACUUUCAUAAACAAUUUUCUCUGAAAUUACAAAGUUUGUAAUAACUUGUUUUUUAAUACUGAUUUAUUUUGAAAAUAGAUUUCGACAUUUAAUUUAUAAUUGAUAAUUGCCUUGAUUCAUUUCAAUCAUUGUAAACGACGAUUAUGUUUGCUGUGUGUAAAAAUGGCCCUGCAUACCAAGGGAAUUCAAUACACUUAGAAGAUUUUGUUUGAAGAAAUCGUAUGCCAUUAUUAUUGUUACAGACACAUUAAGCUAACAUGCCAAUAAAUUGUCGCUGUUUAAUAUAUUUUCAAAAUGAAACGCACAUCUUAUUUAUUUCUUGUCUGUGAUACUGAUUUAUAAUAUUAUGGCAAUUGUACUGUAAAUGAACCGUUAUUG